AUAAUGAAUCAAGCAAUAAUAUUUUGUAUCAAAUCUAUUUCUUAAGUGGAUGUAGUGACAUUUGGUGUGAAGGCUAUCCAGUUGCCAUGAGAUCAUGGCCUGCUUGUGCCACCCACCCCACAACUUAAAUUUCCCACCAUCUCUCAGUUUACCCUGACUCUUGGAUGAAAGGAACUACAAGUUACACAUAAACUUUCAAACUGAGAGAGGAAACUAUCCGCUGACUUCUUUAUGUCCCCUUGGUCAAAGUGUACGGUAUGAAAGGGCGGUAAAGCAGGUAGAGCGGAGAAUCCUUGGGUGUGUCAUGGUAUGUUGUUGUCAAGGUUUCAGAUCAAGCUUUGUUACAGUGGACUCCCCUUCUUUCAGGUUUUAAAGUGGAGGUUGGAUGGCUAUUAGUCAGAGAUUAUUUAGCUGUGAUUCCUGCACUGCAGAAGGUUGGAUUAGAUGACCUCUUUGGAUCCCUUCCAACCAUACAAUUCUAUGAUUCUAAGAUUCUAUGAAUUAGCGAUGGGAUGGAGAUAUAAGGAUUGAGAGGAACAGCAGAUAGGCAAAAUUAAGAAGAAACAUUUUUCUCUCUAAAUUCUAUACGUUCCCCAACUUAUUUCCUCAUACACCUCUUGAAAAUUGGUGUACCAAUUGCAAUGCACUCUGCUAGAUGGUGCAUGACUUUUAAUUGUAUUUUAUUGCUUAUUUUAUUUCUUGUAUGACAUUUACAUUCUAUACAAUUCAAAUUGUAAUAGAAAAAGAUACCCUACUGGUUGAUGCUGGAUCAGAGUGUCUCUGUCCUUCACAUGAUGAUGAUGAUGAUGAUGAUGAUGAUGAUGAUGAUGAUUAAAUUUCUGUACUGCCCUUGAACCUAGGAUAACAGUCCAUCUUACAAUAUAAAAACACAAAAAUACUACCUAAUAAUGAGUGUGUUAAUCUCUUAACAGUCUUGGUGUAAAAUGUACUUGGAUAAAUUUGUGUCCUCCCUGUGACAUUUGGCAUCACUUAAAGACUCUAGUGAUAAAAGUAAUAUCACUCUGUCAUUCAGCAUCCUAUUCAGUCAAUGAAAAUGCGUCACCAAGCUUCCACCAGGGACUCAUAUUAAGAAUUGUAAAGAGGUCAUUUCCUUCUAUUAUAUUAAAAUGUACUCAGAAUGGCCAUUGGUGUCAUAAUAGCUUUCAAACUGUGUAAAUUAUAUAAACUUGACCUUCAGAAUAAGGAAUUGGUUAUUCCUCAAGAUCACAUUGGCACUCAAUUCUCUUGCUGCAUUUAUUAUAUCAAAGCACCUACAGGCUACAGGCGCACACAAAACAUGCCUUUAAAAUGUGGUUUUAAGUACCACCACAAUGUAAUGGAUGCAGGUGGUGCUGUGGGUUAAACCACAGAGCCUAGGGCUUGUCGAUCAGAAGGUCGGCAGUUCGAAUCCCUGCGACGGGGUGAGCUCCCAUUGCUCAGUCCCUGCUCCUGCCAACCUAGCAGUUCGAAAGCACAUCAAAGUGCAAGUAGAUAAAUAGGUACCGCCAUAGCGGGAAGGUAAACGACGUUUCCGUGCGCUGCUCUGGUUCACCAGAAGCGGCUUAGUCAAUCUGGCCACAUGACCCGGAAGCUGCACGCUGGCUCCCUCAGCCAAUAAUGCGAGAUGAGCGCCGCAACCCCAGAGUCGGUCACGACUGGAACUAAUGGUCAGGGGUCCCUUUACCAUUACCUUUACAAUGUAAUGGGUUGGGUAACUUUCUGAACCAAUGCUUUUCCUGGCCUAAGGGCCAAACUAGAUGAGAUGUUAAUUUUCUGAAAGCAAUGAGUAAGUAUGUCGUUUCAUUUAAAUAACCACUAUUAGGACCAGAUGUGCAGGAAUUUAAUGCUUUCCACUCCCAUUAUGCUGACUGUUGUGUAUUGAGUCAAAGGAUUUUAUAUCUGUAUUAUUAUUGUCUGUAUUUGCAUUAGGAUAAAGUAACUGCCUUUUGGUCCCAGAGGGUACAGCUACUAUUGGUUCAUUUAAGCUGCUGUAUUUGGAUCCUCUGUCUUAUUGGUUUCCUCCAAAAGGCAGCACUGUGAUUGCGUGAUAUUGUUCCCUCCAAAAUGUAUCCCUUCCUAGCUAGUCCCCUGUCCCUAUAAAUGUAGCUUUCCUCUCCUCAGUCUUCAGUCUUGUUCACUUUAAUAAAGAGCUGUUACUAGAGAACUGUCUCCAGCAUGUUUUGUCAAGAGAGCUGAAAUCACAAACCCCACGUCACAACAACUGGCGACGAGGAUGGGAUCCGGAAUGCUGAGGAGCGGUUAAACACAACCCUGCCUCAGAGUCCGGAUUGCAGCUGAGAACAAGACUCACUGGCCAGCUGAGAAGACGACCCUGCCCGCUAGGACAAUGGAGAGUCCAAGGGUAUUGGAGCCCUUCCAGCCAUCAGAGCCCCACACCUGGGAAGACUACGUCGAACGCUUCGAGUUCUUCGCAGUGGCUCAAGGGAUCACCGAUGCCAGCAAAAGAAGGGCCACAUUCCUGAGCUACUGUGGGCCCGAGACCUUCAAGCUAGCCAAGGCAUUACUUGCUCCAGCGAAGCUGAGUGAGACAUCUCUCCAAGAUAUUCUUGCCUGCCUAACAAGCCACUUGGCGCCUACUGAGACCAAGAUGGCCCGGCGGAUGGAGUUCCAUAAGAGGCAGCAGCAUGCUGGGGAGUCUGUAUCCGCAUUUCUGGCUGAACUCCGGAAGCUCGCUCAGCACUGCGGCUUCCAAAAUCUGGAAGAGACUCUCCUGGAUCGGUUUAUUGGUGGUCUGAGCAGCAAGAAAGCCAGAAGACGCAUCGUGGCUAAAGAAGAGGUUACCCUUGCUUCAGCCUUGAAGGAGGCCACCGCCACGGAGAAUUAUGAAAGAGAGGAGCUUGAUGCCAGUCGCAAGGCCACUAAGCCACAGAUAGAAGUUGCGCAUGCCAUGGACGAGCUAGAGGCUACUCCAAGCCAGAGCCCAGUCCGUGGGGUUGAGUCGGUGCGUCAGGCCUGCACAGUGCACAGAGAUCGCCGAGGCAGUUGCCCAGGUUGUGGCGGAAACCAUGAAAGGAAGAGUUGUCGUUUCAGGGAUGCUAUCUGCCGGACGUGCGGAAAGACGGGUCACAUCGCCAGGGUCUGUAGAUCGGCGGCGUCGGGAGCGACAGGAGCACCUAGACUGGAGCAUCGCAGACCGCCCACAGCAACUCGUUUUCUAAAGGACUGCCACUACGUAACGGAGAUCAAUGGGAGGGCCGUGCAGUUUCCAGCGCAAGGCAAGGCACACGUCAAGGUGAAGAUUGAGGGUCAGCAGUGCGACAUGGAGGUGGACUCCGGAUCUGCAUUCACCAUCGUGUCAGACCAGACCGCGAAGACAUUCUUCCCCAGGGGUAAGUUGCCCCCUCUGGAGCCCUUUCCGGCAACCUUGCAGUCGUACUCGGCAGGCCGCAUCCAUGUUAUGGGAAUGUGUGCCGUGAGAGUACAGUUCCGGGACAAACAGGCUGUACUCAAACUGGUGAUUGCGAAGGGCAGUCGCCCCAGUCUCCUGGGCACUGACUGGUUCCCUGCCCUGGGACUGAGUAUCUCAGGGCUUAAUUCAAUCCAAACCUGCCCUGAGAUGAGCGAGGUAUUAUGCAAGGAAUUUGCUGGUCUCUUUAAUGGAAAACUGGGUUGUUAUAAAGGGCCCCCAGUUGACUUCGAGUUGGACCCCGGGGUGGCUCCAAUCCGACUCAAACCAAGGCGAGUGCCAUUUGCACUGCAACCCAAGAUCGAGGCAGAGCUGGAUAAAUUGGUCAAGCAGGGAGUUCUCUCACCCGUGGACUCUGCUAAGUGGGAGACUCCAAUCGUCACGCCCCUUAAAGCAAAUGGGGAAGUCAGGAUAUGUGCAGAUUACAAAUGUACUAUCAAUAAGGCACUCAGGGGAAACUCAUACCCCAUUCCAGUUGUAUCACAUCUGUUGGCUAAACUGGCUGGGGGCAAGGUGUUCGCCAAAAUUGACCUGGCACAAGCUUACCAACAGCUGCCAGUAACCCCACAAUCAGCGGAAGCACAGACUAUUGUCACACAUAAAGGGGCGUUCAGAGUUAACAGAUUACAGUUCGGAGUUUGUGUGGCCCCAGGGAUUUUUCAAGGGCUCAUGGAACGCCUGUUAAGAGGUCUGCCGGGGGUCUUGCCAUUUUUUGAUGACGUUUUGAUUGCUGGAAAAGACCCACAGGAACUGGUUGCGCGUGUCCGUGCAGUGUUGCUCAAGUUCAAGGAGGUGGGGUUGCAACUGAAAAAGGAAAAAUGCAGUUUUGGGGUGCCAACGGUGGAUUUCUUGGGGUUUAAAAUUGAUGCAUCAGGCAUCCACCCCACAGAUGCUAAGAUUAAGGCCAUCAUCGAGGCACCACGACCACAGAACAAGACGGAGUUGCAGUCAUUCCUGGGACUUACUAACUUUUAUCAUUCGUUCUUACCCCAGAAAGCUUCGGUAGCUGAACCAUUACAUAGACUAUUGCAGAAAAAGAAUGUGUGGCGAUGGGGGCGGGAGCAGCAGAAGGCUUUUGACUCCUUGCGAGGAAUGCUGAGUAGCAGGAGCGUCCUUGCUCAUUAUGAUGAGUCAAAGCCGCUGGUCCUGGCAUGUGAUGCCUCUCAAUACGGUCUGGGGGCUGUGCUGAGUCAUAGGGAACCGGAUGGGUCGGAAAAGCCCAUCUCUUUCUAUUCCCGUACGUUGUCGCCCACGGAGCGCAACUAUGCUCAAAUUGAUAAAGAGGCACUGGCUAUUGUGUCCGGAAUCAAAAGGUUCUAUGAUUAUUUGUACGGUCGCCAAUUCUCCAUUGAAACGGACCACAAACCACUGUUAGGGUUGUUCAACCCAAACAAACAAACGCCACAAAUUCUCUCCCCCAGAAUGUUGCGUUGGUCAAUAUUCCUGAAUGGGUUCCAGUACACCUUGACCCAUGUGCCGGGGAAACAAUUGUGCCAUGCUGAUGCGCUGAGUCGCUUGCCCCUUCCUGGCGGGAGCAAUGAGGAUCCUGCUCCGGCGGAGCACAUUAUGAUGCUAGAAACACUUCCGGGGGCUCCUGUAACAGCUACGGAUAUAGCUGAGAAAACGAGGAAAGAUGCUGUUCUCUCCCGUGUGCUCACUUGGGUGGGGAGGGGGUGGCCAGGUGGUCCGCAUGAAGAAAAAUUCAGGCCUUAUGCGACAAGGCAGCACGAAUUGUCCAUGCAUAAGGGUUGUCUCCUAUGGGGAGAUAGGGUGAUCAUCCCAGCACCACUGAGAAACAGGGUUCUUGAGACGCUUCACAUGGGACACCCGGGAAUGGUCAGGAUGAAGUCGCUAGCCCGAUGUUAUGUGUGGUGGCCUGGAAUGGACCAGAACAUAGAACAAUGGGUACGAACAUGCAAGGCAUGCCAAGAGGUGCGGCCAGAAGUGGCCAGAGCACCAGUCCACUGGUGGGAGCAGUCCAGGACUCCCUGGAGCCGGCUGCACAUAGAUUUUGCGGGGCCAUUCCAAGGGAAGGUCUUUUUGGUUAUCGUUGAUGCAUAUUCCAAAUGGUUAGAAGUGGCGAUGGUCCCUAGCAUGGCAUCAGCUGCCGUAAUCAAGGUGUUGAGGCAGCUGUUUGCUACCCACGGGUUACCUGAGACCAUUGUAUCAGAUAAUGGGGCAGCUUUUGUAUCCCAAGAAUUCAGGGCAUUCUUGGCUGAUAACUUCAUAAGAGGGGUCACAUCCGCGCCCUUUCACCCAUCCUCCAAUGGGCAGGCUGAGCGCAUGGUAAGAACAGCCAAAGAAUCCAUUGCGCGCUUAAUGGAGGGUAACUGGUCGGCUCGCAUUGCGCGAAUGUUAUUUUUGCAGCAUGCGACGCCGUGUACUGCGACGGGCAAGUCGCCAGCUGUGACGACCCGUGUCCCCACUCUACCUUACUAUCACUGCGACACAGGAAUCCAGAGGGGAAAACACCCACCCUCUGGUCCGGCCGCCUCAAAAAUAAACCCCCUUUUACUAAUGGGUUUCUUAGUAAGGAGAGCCUUCCAGCUUGCGUGGCCUGGUACCUUAAGAAACUCUAGGCUGUCCCCCAGGAAUAACCUCUUGCCUCCAGUAAAGGGUCUCCCUCAGUUGGAUUUCCCCACUGUAGAAGUUUGCCCUAUGUACUCUGGCAACUUCUUGGCACCUCAGGUUAUCCUUCUAAGCCUCCUCCGUGUAACUACAGGACACAAACCACUACCUCCCUGCCUGAGGUGAGUUUUGCCCUCUCUUGAGUCACCACGGCUGUGAGUCCUGGUACCUCGCUGGAAAAAUACAGACGGACCUCUUGUUGGCAAAAACAGAGAUGAAGUUUUAUUGUGUUAAAAACAUAAGUGAUUCUUUAACGUGUCAUUUAUUAAUUAGCUUUGUUCCAGUUGUACAAAAUAAACUCAGUCAAACAUUUAACUUUAAGUUUUCCUAGCCUCUUAACUGUCUUCAUACAAGCCACCACAUAACAUCACCUCACACCUUCCUCCCUCUCCCUCCUAACUGACCAAACCGACACUCCCUCCUUUCAAACCGGGCACAGUCCCGCCCCCAUCAGAGUUCUAUGCCAGUCAGGCUGGUGGUGGGUUAACUCUUUGCCAGCCGGGCAGAAAUAAACAUUUUAAAAGUGCUUCAAUUUGUCACAUAUCUCCCCCCACCACAAAGACAUUGCGUCGGCUUGCUCUUAAUUAACUAGAGCAAUGCCAAAGCAAUGGGCUUGGGGUCUAAAAUACUUCAAUGCAUUCUAUAACAUUCAUAUUACAAAGUCAACUAAAUUAACAUCUCAUAAACUUGUACACAGAUAAACCAUGUUUGGCAUGUGUCAGAUUAUAACGCCUAAGCACAAAUGUUUUGCUAGGGUUCCCACCAUUUCAUAUAAUCAUUUGCACCAUUCUAUACCUCUCAAAAAUACCUGGAUAAAGCGUCCGCUAUGAUGUUUUCCUUCCCACUUAUGUGCUUACCCUGUGUCUAUUACAUGAGUUGCUAGGUUGGUCCUCCCUGGGAUGUUUGAGAAGAUCUGAGCAAACUGAGCAAGGACUAAUUUUAACUGCUCCUUUUGCUCUGGGGUCAGACUUUCAUCGAAUGACACCUCUGCUAGAGUUGUGCCCUUACUCAGCUCUCCCCACCCAGUUAGAUGAAUUCCUUGUGUCACCUUCCCCUUUACUUGUAACACCAACUUAUUUCUGUCAAAAUAAGGCUUAAGUAAAUUUACAUGAAAGUUUUUACAUCGGUUCCCUUCCCCAUCUAACUCUACCAAAUAGUUCACCGCUGAUAUCCUCUCGACCACUUUGAAGGGACCGUCCCACGACAUCUCCAACUUCUUUCGACGUCUUGUUCUUAACACGAGCACACUGUCACCGGGCUGGAAAGAUCUGUCUCUUGCGUGUGCAUCAUACCACUGCUUCUGUCGACGCUGUGCCUGCUGCAAGUUGUGAGCAGCUUGCUCCCGUAACUCUUGGAGGUCGCUCUGCAGCUCCUGUAGAUACGUCACAACAUCAGGGCUGUCGAUCUGCUCCUCCCCUGACCACGCUGCUUUCAUCAAGUCUAGGGGUCCUCGUGGCUGUCGUCCAAAUAGGAGUUCAAAAGGACUGAACCCUGUGCUCUCCUGCGGCACUUCGCGAUAACCAAAUAGGAAGUGUUGCAG